AUGACGCUUUCGACCUCGGAGAUUAUUCUGGAGUACGUGUGCCCGUCGUUGGGCGUUAUAUCCGGCUUGAUCAUGUUUUUCGCACCGUAUCGUGAUGUCCGCUUCGCUCGGGAUAAUGACAGUCUGGGGGAUUUGAAUCCCACGCCCUGGGCCUUUAUGUUGGGCAAUUGCAUUGGUUGGGUGGCCUACAGUCUCCUCCUUGAAGACCAGAAUCUCUUUGUAUUUUUGGUGAAUGCGCCGGCUUUAAUUUUCUCAGUCUGGCUCAAUAUACAAGCGGUAAAGCUACAGUACGGAAUGUUUCGAAACGAAGUUGUCCGUCACGCGAUAGUUGAUGCUUUGGUUCAAGAAUCCGUAAAGAUUCUGCCCGAAUCAAGCGAAUCACACCGUUUGGUGCCGUUGGAAAAUUCGGUAGCCAUGAACCAAGAAAUGAAUCUACCAAUAACGGAAGAAAAGCCGAACAAACGACGUGUCACUUUUCAGGAAUGUUCAGCCGACUUAUGCUUGUCGUCGGCAAAUGCUGACAAUGACCCGCAUUGCGUUGUUAGUGAUCAACCGCUCGAUUCGUCAGUCCUUGACUUCGCCAAAGUUGUCUGGAACGUGACAGCGCAAAACAUGGCAGCACCAUUCCGACACGAAAACCUUGUGUUAUUUCUCGUCACGCUGUGGGUCGCUGUGAUCGCCAUCGUAGUGUUCGGAGCAUCCAUCAUGUCGCAACGCACACGUGAACUCAUCGUGGGUCUGGUCGUCAAUCUAAAUCUUGUCUUUUUCUACGGCGCGCCCCUUUCCACCAUCUUUACUGUCAUUCAAAUGCGCAGCUCAUCCACCGUCCACAGACCCACUAUGAUGACCAACACUGCCAAUGGGGUCUUUUGGUUCGCCUACGGGCUGGCAAUAUUGGAUGCUUUUAUUUUUGUCCCCAACGGACUCGGAGCAUUGCUCGGCACCAUGCAAAUUGUAUUGUGCGUUGCUUUCCCCCAGCAGAACACAGGUCGAGGAAGCACCGCUGUUAUCGCGCCUGUGUCUGCGUCGUUCAACAAGGGCACAGAAGUGUCCGUCACUCGGCCUGACAUUAUCGUUUCUGAUCUAGAAACUCCGGAUACGUUGUUGGACAUCAACAAGUCAUCGUAG